AUGGACAGAGAACAAGAAGACAUGCAAUUCCUAGGCCUCUUUGGCAUCUACCUAGAGUCCUACAAGAUCAUCUUCAACUUCAGAAGAACCUUCACCAAGAUAACCCUAGCCCUCAUCCUCCCCCUCUCCUUCAUCUUCCUCGCCCACAUCGACGUAUCCGAAUUCCUCUUCCACAAAAUCAUCCGCACGGAGAACCAAAGAGACCGAUUCCAAGAGGGCUCGUACUGGUACGCUAAGCUCUCCGACGUCCUCACCUUCGAGCUGGCCGCGUUCUGUCUCGUCAAGUUCAUCUACUUCACCUUCUUCCUAGUCUUCUCUCUCCUCUCCACCUCCGCGGUGGUCUACACCGUGGCCAGUAUCUACACUGGCCGCGACGUGACCUUCAGAAGAGUGAUGAGCGUCGUUCCCAAGGUUUGGAAACGGCUCAUGGUGACUUUCUUGUGCGCUUUUCUAGCGUUCUUCCUCUACAACGUGGUUGCUGUGCUAACCAUAAUUGUGCUAUUCAUAAUUGUGCUAUUCAUGAUUAUUUUGAGCUUCCCAACUGAGUAUAUUGACAAAAUUGUUCUAUUUUUUUCUUUUGUCAUCAUGAUCUUGUACGCCGUGGGGUUUGUGUACAUGACCGUGGUCUGGCAGCUAGCGAGCGUGGUAUCGGUGUUGGAAGACAUGAAAGGGUUCAAGGCCAUGAACAAGAGCAGAAACUUGAUCAAGGGCAAGAUGUGGAUUGCCAUGGUCAUCUUUUUCAAGCUGAAUCUCGCUAUGAUUGGGAUACAGAUACUUUUCGAGAUCGUUGUUGUGAUGAGAGGAUUGAUUGGGAUACAGAUACUUUUCGAGAGCGUUGUUGUGAUGAGAGGAUCGUUCGGCAUCGCGGGCAGGUUGGGGUUCGGAUUCCUGUGCCUGUUGAUGCUCUUCAAGGUGUUCUUGUUCGGGCUCGUUAUCCAGACGGUGAUCUACUUCGUGUGCAAAUCGUAUCACCAUGAGAACAUCGACAAGUCGUUGCUGUCAGAUCAUCUCGAGGUUUAUCUGGGCGAGUAUGUUCCUCUUAAGUCCAUGGAUGUUCAGCUUGAAGCCUUGAACAAUUCGAAGUGUGAUAUUUGA